CACCAGCUCGCACAGCACAAGGAAGUGCGGCACCCACACGCGCUCGGAGAGCCCGGCAUGCAGGAAGUUCGGGCGGAGCGCGGCGACUAGCUCGGCGGCGGGCGAGCGGGGCGGCCGGAGCGCGGCGGGCGUGCCUCCCGGAGCGGGUCCCGGCUUUUCCUUGGAGCGACGCUGCACCCAGGUCGCUGAUCCAAAUGCACCGCCUCGCCCUCGUCUACACUCUAGUCUGCGCAAACUUUUGCUGCUAUCGGGACACUUCUGCUACCCCGCAGAGCGCAUCCAUCAAAGCUUUGCGCAACGCUAAUCUCAGGCGAGAUGAGAGCAAUCACCUCACAGACUUGUACCGAAGAGACGAAACCAUCCAGGUGACAGGAAACGGCCACGUGCAGAGUCCCCGCUUCCCGAACAGCUACCCCAGAAACCUGCUUCUGACAUGGCGGCUCCAUUCCCAGGAGAAAACAAGGAUACAGCUAACCUUCGAUAAUCAGUUUGGAUUAGAAGAAGCAGAAAAUGAUAUCUGUAGGUAUGAUUUUGUGGAAGUUGAAGAUAUAUCUGAAACCAGCACUGUUAUUAGAGGACGAUGGUGCGGACACAAGGAAGUCCCUCCAAGGAUAACGUCAAGAACAAACCAAAUUAAAAUAACAUUCAAGUCAGAUGAUUACUUUGUGGCUAAACCUGGAUUCAAGAUCUAUUAUUCUUUUGUGGAACUUCCUGCUCUGAUUUCUCCCUGGGAAUCCGGCGUCUACGUCUGGGAGCAGAUCAAACAGACUGCCUGCCCAGCCCCCAAGGAAGAUUUCCAACCCGUGGCAGCUUCAGAGACCAACUGGGAGUCAGUCACAAGUUCUAUCUCAGGGGUAUCGUAUCACCCUGCAUCAGUAACGGAUCCCACUUUCACUGCGGAUGCUCUGGAUAAAACAAUUGCAGAAUUUGAUACUGUGGAAGAUUUGCUCAAACACUUCAAUCCAGAAUCAUGGCAAGAAGAUCUUGAGAAUCUGUAUUUGGACACCCCUCAUUAUCGAGGCAGGUCAUACCAUGACAGGAAGUCAAAAGUUGACCUGGACAGGCUCAAUGACGAUGUCAAGCGGUACAGUUGUACUCCCAGGAAUUAUUCAGUAAACUUAAGAGAGGAGCUGAAGCUGACCAACGUGGUCUUCUUUCCCCGAUGCCUCCUUGUGCAGCGCUGUGGAGGAAACUGUGGUUGUGGAACUGUCAAUUGGAAGUCCUGCACAUGCAAUUCAGGGAAAACUGUGAAAAAGUAUCAUGAGGUGUUAAAGUUUGAGCCUGGCCAUUUCAAGAGGAGGGGUAGAGCAAAGUACAUGGCUCUCGUUGACAUCCAGCUGGAUCACCACGAGCGGUGUGAUUGUAUCUGCAGCUCAAGACCACCUCGAUAAAAACAUGUGCGCACAUUUACAUUAAGCAUGAAAGAACCUUUAGUUUAAGAGGAUGUCCUAAGAGACCCUUUCCACCAGCAACCGAACUUACUACUAGCCUGCAAAGCAAUGAAUACAAGUGGUUGCUGAGUCUCAACCUAGCUUUGUUAGUGCCAUGGCAAGUAGAAAGGUGUCUCAUCAACCUUUAUAUACAAGAAUAUAGGUUUGCAUUUAAUUAGAGUGUCUAUGUGUAAAUAGAUCAAAUGGUUUAUUCAGUAUGUAUAACCAGAUACACCAGAUCUUUACAUAUGGUUGAGUUAUUUAGACCCUUAAAAUCUUUUGAUAAAAGAAGGGACAUAUUAAGUACAUGUAACAUGUCUUUGGAAGAUUCAGAAGAUUAAUUUGUUUAUUUUAAAAUUUCUAAUCACAGAACAAUUGUGGAUCUCAAGAUUUUUUAAAAAGCAUCUUAUAUAUUAUAAAACAGUAGAAGAGCUUUUCUUAUGUACACAUCUUAAUUAUACCAAAGGAAAAAUGUGGUUUCUGGGAAAAAAGCAUGAACCUAACCAUUUUUCCUAUGACAUACACUAUAUAUUUACCUAUGUAGACAAUAAUUACCUGUCUCCAAAAGCGUGCCAUAAUAAUAUAGGUGCUUUUGAAAUUAAGUCAUCAAGUCAUCUUCAUGCAUCUUGCUAAGGCAUGCAAAUUCACUUAACACCUGUCUCAAAAAAAAUUUCCCAGAACGUUUAUUAUUAUGAUAUUGUGAGACAAUUUAUGAGCUGAAUUUAUAGCAGAAUUUUGAAUUGUUUCUUUCCAAUAACCUCUGUAGGAGUAACUCCUCUGAAGAAUGGCAUAGGGACUCUUUAUGAACCUUUCAAAAUAGUGAUCAUUGAAAGAUUUGGGAAACUAAAAGUCAAAAGAGUGAGCAAUGACAUUAUUAACAUAACUGGAAAUUGGAUGGAAUAUUCGAUAGGCUCCAUACUUAACAAUGGAUUCAAACUCUCCAACCUGUGCCAAUUCAUUUUGUGUAUCUUGCUUUUGUGUUCCUGUAUCUUUGAUACACAAACUUGGAUUUACAACAGCAUUGUAUAUUUGGUAAGCCAUCAAAUAUUAUUUAUAGCCUAAAAGCGUUCGUGUAUUAAAGCAACCCACUUUUACUGAUGUAAAUCCCUGAUCACAUACUCACUCACCAUUCGGAAUUCCUGUUUCUGAACCAAGUGAAAUCAAAUCUGGAGUCUCUCGUUCUUUCCAAAUCUGUGGAGCUUGUUCUAUGAAGCCACCCUGCAAAUUGUGGGAGCACAAGUUAGGCCCUGCUCUACUAAAAAACUGUUGUUUGCAUUGGUGGUUAUUAUUGGUAUUUAGAGUAAUUUUUCCUCCCUGGCUCCUUAAUGUCUGUUUUAAAGGAGGCUGACUCCAGGCGUAGGAAAUGAUUCACCCUCCUCUAAAGCAGGACUCCAAAGAGCAACACUGAAAUCACGAUAGCUCGGAGGCAGCUCAGACACAGCUACAUUUUUCUCCCUGCUGUAAAAGAAAAAAGAACAGAUUUCUUCCAUGAGUCUAGGGCCCUACUGACUACAACCAGUUGGAGGGAGGGGUGUGUGACAAGGGUUUGAUAAGUCCUAGUGUCAGAUGAGUGGCUUAAAUAUACUUUGCAUUUCUAAGCAUGGUGCUCUGAGGACCAAGUUCUCAGCUCCUUGAGAUGAAAGCCCAGUGCUUAUUGAAGAUAAGUGUUUUUUUCACCUAAGGCUUCCCUGGAAGUAUCUAGUGUUUUUUCACCUAAGGCGGUGAUAAAGUUGAAUACUCAGUGUUGUUCAGUUGUCAAUCAGCAACAGGUGAGGCAGACUUGCUAAUAAUCAGGACCCACUCAUCCCCUUCAUGGCCACUUGCGAGUUUCUUAUGAAAACAUCAGUUUGUGCUCCAGAAUCAAAAUGUGUGUUACAUCACUUUGGUUUGUUCAGCUCACACGAUAGCUGUAAGUGUGAAAAAUUAGAGUGUUCUACCCAGUUUUCAAUAAGCCUUCCAGGCUGCAAUAACCAGGAUGGUUUUCCGUUAAAGCCCUAUCUGUCCUUUUUAUUUAUUAGCUGAAAUGUAAGCAGGCAUAUUCACUCACUUUUCUUUUUUCUUGCCCAGGUGUUUUAUUAAAACCUCUCCCUUGGUUAUCUGUUAUCUAUUGUACUUCCACCAUGUAGCCAAUAAAUCUGUUUCGUUGCCACCAAAGGAAUAAAAAGUGUGCCGUACAAAUUAAAUUUCAAAACAAACCCUAAUAAAUCCAUAUUUCUGCAUGGCUCACUCACCUGGAAUAAUGCCUUUCAUUCAGUAUGUUCUUGUAGGGCAGAAUGCAUUCAUCAGUAGUUUUUUUUUUUAUAUUUUUUGUCAUAUCAGUAAUAUGCAGCUUUUCCCUCUCAUAGCAUUUUCUAUAACAAAUGUAAUAUGCCUCUUAUCUUCAUGAAAAAUAAAUAUUGCUUUUGAACAAAACUCCAUUAUUUAGUACUCAAUUGAAGUUUUAAAAAGUGUGCAAUAUUAAUACCUUAUUUCCAGAAAUGCAUGCAGUUGUUUGCAGUGACAAGAUUGGGUGAUUUCUGAGGUCUUGGUUUCAGCAUGUGGAGAGAGUUCACCCCUCAUUCCCUGUCAACAGGCUUUUACUCCAUCCCAUCCCAAAGCCAGGAGACAAGGCAGAACUUGGAUUUUAUCAUUUUGCUGCUUCUUUGUUUGACUGGUUCUCUAUAGACCUUUUAAUGAAAUACAGUCUCCUCUGACAGUCCUGGUUUAAAGAGACUUCACAGCUUCUUUCUUCCCUGGGGGACUGAAAUCAAUAACAUGACAGACUUGUUUCCCUUUUGUUUGCCUUCAGAACGUCUCCCAUCUAGACUGGCUCCCCAUCUGGUGGGCCACUGUUACCAGCUCAGGGAGGCCAGCGUGGGGCUCUGGUCUGGCAUUUGGUCUGUGAGGGUGGGGGCAGAACAUAAAGAGCUCUUCUCACUACAAAACUUAUACUUUUGCUGGUAGUUUAGUCUUUAUCGUCAUCCUGCUGAAGACAGGACAGCAGCUGCUGUGUUGGGUGAACCUCUGUCACUUUAUUUAGUUUCGUGGUUUUAGGUUGUUUGAGGAAAGGGAAUAGAGACAUGCAUCUGUGUCAAGAAUCAAUUUUACCAUCGGAAAUACCACCUAAUGGGCGAGUUGAAGUGUGUCGUGGGGUGAGGGGAACAGGGAAAGGAUCAAAUAGUUUUGUGCACAGGAGUUAAUUCAGAUAACAUGGAUUUUUAUAUUAAAAAGUCAUAUUAAUCAUA